ACGCCCCCCGCCGCGGGCCGCGCUAUUGUCCGGUGGGACCGGGACCGGGAUCGGGAUCGGGACCGGGAUCGGGAUUAGGAUCAGGACCGGGACCGGGGCCGCCCAGCGUCGCUCAGGCCCUCCCUGCAGGACGCGGCGGCGAUGUUGUGACCUACAUUCGUGACGAGGAGGUCCCCAGCCCGCCGCCACCAUCGGGCCAUGAAGCGGCACAAGUGACAGGGGCGGCCGUGCCCGCGGCCAUGGCCAGCCCGGCACCAUGGCUGCACUGCACACAAACAGAGCUGACGCCCUGGGAGGGAGAGGACGAGGAGGAGGAGGAGGAAGAAGACGACUUUGAGAGGCGGAUGGACGAGGACGGGGUCAUCGGCCUGGGGGAGGGUGCCAGGAGCCCACCGUGGGGUGACGGUGAGGACCUGGAGGAGGGGUCCCCGGUGGAGGAGGGUCGCUGGCACCCGCAGCGGGACCUGGCAGGGCAGGACGAGGAGCGGGGCAGCUCCGGCGGGGACGAGGGGCCCUGGGGGGCAGAGAGUGACGGGGAGCCCUACCCCGAGCUCUCCUUCGAGGGCCGGUGGGGCUCGGGGUCCAGCGGCAGCCCCGAGGCUCUGCGGGAACACCAGGCUCUCUGCCAGCCCCGCGGCUGCAGCACGGAUGGUGGGGACACCUCGGCGCUGUCGGACACCAGCCCUGGCCCUGCCACCCCAUCCCGCCGACCCCGGGGCUGGGGCACGGCCGGGGACACCUCUGGAGGGCACGGGCGGGGAUGGACUCCGAGACGGAGCCUCCCACUGCCCCACUCCACCGAUGAGCCCCGCGACGCCACCAGACCCGAGCCUGUCCCCAAGCCCCAAACAGCCCCUGGCACCACUGACUUGGCACCCCCGGAGGAGCCCCGGGGCGCCGGGAGCCCCCCAGCACCCCAACUGCACGACAGGUCCCGGGUGCCCAAAAAAGCGGCGCCCACGGGGGUGCCCCCCAAGCCCGCCCGGCAGUCGCGGUCCCUGAGCCCCCGGCGGGGAACGGGAGGCAAGGGGCACAGGGAUGCCUCGGGAACGGGCACGGAUGGCACCCAGUACGGCCGCGGGCGCCUCAACCACCCCCUGCCCGACCUGUCCAAGGUGGAGGCGCGGGUGAAGUUCGACCAGAGCUACCGCCCCCCUCGGGGCCGGGUCCUGCCCGCCCGCCCCAGGGUGCCCGGUGGCCCCGUCGGCUUCAAGUCCCCGGCCGAAAUCGUGCGGGAGGUGCUGCUGAGCAGCGGGGAGGGGGUCUCCCCGCAGCCCCCCAGCGCCGCCGGGCUGCCACAGGAGUUCAGGUCCCCCAAACAAGCCACCGCGCUGGUGCAGCAGCUCCAGGACGACUACCACAAGCUGCUGACCAAGUACGCCGAGGCUGAGAACACCAUCGACCAGCUGCGCCUGGGGGCCAGGGUGAGCCUGUUCUCGGACCCGCCCCAGCCCAGCCACAGCCUGGCCGUGGGCACCGUGGGCAGCGGCUGCCGUGUGAUGACCCUCAGCAUCCCACAAGCCCGGACGGCAGCUCUUGGCACGGACACAGCCACGGCCACAGCCUCCACCUCGCCAGCUGGAGCUCCAGCACCGGGACCAUCAGAUCGGGGGGGUUCACCCCAUCCCCGAUCCCCCCCUCCACCCGGGGGGGGCUGCCCCAGCUGCCCCGGGCCGUGCUGCUGCCCCGGCCCUCGGCUGACCCGGGCUCUGGCAGGGCAGAGCCGCAGGCUGCAGGCACAGGUGGAGUCCUUCGAAAGAUGGAUCCGUGGGGGGAGCUCCCCACUCUCGGAGCAGCUCCAGAGGAUGAGGCUGCUGAAGGACGCGCAGGAUGCACUGGAGCGGGAAUACUUGCGUGGCCGACAGCAGUUCCAGGGGGCUGCGGGGGGCUUUGAUCCUGACCGGGCGGUAGAAGAGGAGAUUUACCGCCUGGGGCUGCGCCUGGAGGGGCUGAAGGAGGGGCUGGAGCCGGGGGGCAGGCGGCCUCCCCCCCUGCAGUCCCCUCCGCAGCCCCUUCCUCAGCCCCGAUGCCCCCCAGCCCCGUCCCCACCGCCGGUCACCCACUCCCCACCCCCCGAGAACCCUGCACUGGUGGAGGGUCCCUUGGGGACAGCGGGGGACCACGAGGGAGUGAUGGGGGGGCUGCCCUGGCCCCUCUGGCACAAGCAGCUCCAAGUGGAGGAGGAUUUCGGGGACCUACUGGAGCGGUACAAGCACUUCAAGUCCCUGCCGGCGUCGCUGAGCCUGGAGCAGCUGAGUCUGGUGGGGAGCGGGUCCCAGGAGGAGGUGGAUGCUCCUGCAGCACGGGACGGUGGCCCCGGCAAAGUCCCCUGCAGGACACGGUCACUGGAGGAGGGGGCCGACCUGGAGACCUUCCCCUUGCAUCCCCCGGAGAGAAAAGCUGCACUGCUGCCCUCCAGGGGACCCCCAAAGGCAGAGGGGACAGGGGGCCACCCAUCCCCUGCCACCUCUGAGGAGCCACCAGCCACUGCCAAGCCCCACCUGGUGGCCUCCGGACCACCACGGGCGCCCCUGUCCCGGCCGCAGCAGCGGGACGGGCAGCGCUGCCCCCCAGCACGGGCCCCGCAAGGUGAAUCCCCUGCGUGCCCCCCUCUGCCAGCACCCCUAGACCCUUUCGGGGGUCCUGGGGUGCUCAGCACCGAUCCUGCUGUGCCCGUGCCCCUGCAGGAGCAGCGCAUUGUGUCACCGGAGACGGACAGUGGCUUCGUGGGCUCGGAGGCCAGCAGGGUGUCACCCCCCGUGCACACCCCCGAGCACCGCCCCCCUGGCAGCGGGUACGGCCCCCAGACCCUGCCUUCAGGAAUUCAGGGGACCCCCGGUGCUCUGGGACCCUCUAUCCCCAUCCCAACGACCCUCCGUGCCCCACGGAAGAGAGAGACGACCCCACUUCCCUCCGAGAGAGCACUGAUGGGCAUCUACCCCACGGGCGGGCAGGGAGGCACGGGGGGGCCCUGCCUGCCCCCCAGCACCCCCUCGCAGAGCAGUUCCCCCCCUCGCUGGGCCGAGAGCGCGGGCAGCGAGGCGGGACCCGACCCCGGCGGUGACGGAGCUCACACGGACUCGGAGGUGGGAGACAGGAGCUGUGCCAGCACCAGUGGACACCCGCCAGCCAUGGCCAGGAGGGUCCCUCCAUCCCCAGCCCCAACCAGCCCGCCCCCAUCCCCUGAAACGCCGUCCCCCACCCUCCUGUCCCCCGACCUGCCGUCGCUCAACCCGGCUCACUGUGACCUGCUGGGCUCCCGUCUGGAGCGUGACCAGGCCAUCCGGGAGCUGCAGGAGGAGGUGUGGCAGCUGCGGCGGCGGCUGGAGGAGAGCCUGCGGCGCUCCCGCAGCUAUCCCGAGGGAAAAGCCACUCCCCGUGUCGCCCCGGCCAGGAGGCAGCCCGUGGGCAGCGCACCAUCGUCCCCCCAGGACGCAGCACCCGCGGGGGAGCUGAGCCCCCCGGCGCGGGGCAGGGCGCCCCCCGGGGUCGCACCCACGCGGAGGGGGAGGUCGGCAUCGCUGCCACGGGACAGGCCGGAGCUGGACCUCACCUCCGAGUCGGACCCCUCACCCUCUGGCCCCAGGGCACCCUCGUCCCUGCGGAAGCACCCUGGGAGCCCCCUAGGAGCGGUGACAUUCCGGGGACAGUACACAGGGACACGGUACCAGGGGGACACCCCGUGCUGCCCCAGCACCCCGAGAGGAGCCAGGCACCCCGGGGUGCCCCCGAUGUCACAGGAGCAGGACAUCAGCAGAUGGAUUCUGGCAGAGCGUGGCUCCGGUGCCACAUCCCCCCCCGACUCCCACGUUGGUCCCCGAGCCGAGAAGCUGGAGCAGCCUGGAUUUUGGUACCUGGCAGCCGGUCCUGCUGCCACCGCUGCCACCGUCUGCCUCGCCCCCGUCCCCCUCGUGCCUUACGUGCCCUCCGUGCUCUACUGCUCCCCAGCAGUACCUACCUCAGCCACGGCCGGGGUCCCCCUGCACCUCACCGCGGGGCACCGGCGGGCACAGCGACCCCCCCGGGCACAGCCCGGCCACCGCUGCCUCAGCCUGGACCUGGAGGAGCUGGAUGAGCUGAACUGGUCCCUGAGCCGGGCCGUGGAGGCUGCCCAGAGUGUCAGGGUGACCACCAGCCGCAUGAGCCGGGCACUGGCCGCUGAGCUAGGCCGGGCACGGGACCUGCGCGGCUCCUGCCUCUUCUGAGGGUCCCACGGAGCUCCUGCCUCCCCUGAGGGUCCUGCAGGGCCUGAGGGGCUCCUGCCUCUUCUGAGGGUCCCGCCAGCACCUUCCAAGCCAUCCCUGCUCUCGCAGCAGGCAGGGAUGAGGAGGAGGAUGGUGUCCCACCCCACCUGCCAUCAGCAGCCCUGCACUGGGUGCUCCCUGCCAGAUCAGGGGACACCAGGGCUGGAGGCAUCUCCAGGGAGUCUUGCCCUGGUUCCCACGCCCUUCCUGCUUGCCUGAAGAUCCUGAAUUGCUUUUCUGUUUGUCUGUGUGUUUUCAGGACCACUCAAGCUGCAGGAGGGGGGAAGGUGUGGGCAGGGCUCUCUUGGGACCUGCAGCACCCUGGGGAAUGAGCUCCAGCCCCUGGGACCAAGGAGGUGGUCCCGUGUCCCCCCCCCAAGGCAGUGGCCACCCCAACCUAAGCACUUCUGGGGGUGCUGUGACCUGGUGUAGGUGCUGCACUGGUCGAGCCCCCCUUGGCAGCUGUGUUUACCUCUGUGCCUGCGUGGGCAGACAUACCUGUGAUUCCCUAUUCCACCCCUUCCCCAGAUUUUAGGCCUCCUCUGGGGGCUCAGCCCAUGUGUCCCCCUCCUGCUCUGCCCUUGGACUUGAACCCAACAGGAUCCUUUUUGGGGAAACUCUUCUUUUUGUAGGUUUGGGUUGUUGUUUUUUUUUUUUACUUAUUUUUCCUCAAGAUAGCUACUAAGCAGCUAAACCACUCUUUGAGGGUUGAUUGAUGAUAUAUAACGUGUGUGUGUAUAUAUAUGUAUCUAUAUAAGGAUAUAUCCAGACAGAGAUAAAUCCAUGUCUAUCUAUAUUUAGAUAUAUAUCUCCAGAAAGACAGAUGAUAUAUCUCUCUAUAUAAAUCUGUAUAUACACAGAUCUGUAUCUGUAGAUAUAUCUUUACAUAGAUACACACAUAUAUAUAUAUAUAUAUAUAUAUAUAUGGGUUUUCAUUUCCAGCACAACCCUUAGGGCAUUUGUGGGGUUUUUUUGGCCAUCCCUGCAUGUGGCCGCCCACAGCAUCAUCCAGGCAGAAAAUGAAAUGAAGGAUUUUGGGGUUUCCCCCUGGGAUUCCCAGUCGGGUAGAGGGAAAAAAAUCACCCUGCAAGACUGAGCUGGGGGGCAGAUGUGGUGCUGAGGGGGGUCUGCAGAACCCCUGUCCCUCCCAGCUGGGUUUGUCAUGAGUUAAUGCCUAUUUUUUUUUAAAGGAAUUUGACGUGGUCAGAGCAGCUUUUCCUGGGAUGGGUCCAGUCAAACCCCUCCAGCACCUCCUGUGGCACCCCAGCUCUGUUUAUCUGUAGGACCUACCUAAAGUGCCAGUGUCAAAUCUUAUUUAUUUUUGCUUUUAUUUGUGGUACAGAGACCCCCAUUUGGGGGUGGGGUGGUAUCAGUGCCAUCCCCAGCGAGUGACUCAGGACCGGAGCCUUCCUGAGCAAUCCCUGAGCCUGAUCCUACACCCAGCCCAGAGGGGACAGGGAGGGGCUGGGAAUGGGGCUGCCCCCACCCCUCUGCCCUUUUUGGGGGGAGAAGGGUGGGCUGGGGGGAUUUUAAAGAGGAUUUCUGUGGCUCUGGUUGCCUCUGCUCGUGCCUGUGUCCCAAACUGGAAGCUGUGAUCCCCCCCAGCCCAGCCAAGGUACGAUGGGAGCGUGUGGGAAGCACAUUUGACUGUCCCAAACGCAGCAGCCAGGAGCGAAAGGAUGGGUUUUUCCCCUUAUCCCCUAUUUUUUAAUGCCCAGCAGAGCCACUGGGCUGGUAUUUUGUACUAAGAAAUCACCUAUUUUUGAAGGAAAUAAACGUGGUUGGAUGA